UGAAGCGCCUCCCCCCUUCCCCCGUUACCACCGAUUCAACCGUCUCGAGCUGCUGCUCCGGUCAGUUACUACAAAAUGGCUGCAGAGGCUCCGCCGCCAACGAGAACCUCCUGAACCCUUCAUGCUGUGAGAAGAAGCAAAAAAAAAACACGAGAAGAGAACCAUUUGAUGGAAGAUAAGAAAAAGAAAAGGCAAGAAGAGAAGAAAAAGAAAGAAGCUGCUCAGAAAAAGGCCACAGAGCAGAUAACCAAAGUGCCAGACUCUGCCAAGCUCGACCCCGCCCCUCCUCUUCCCCCCGUCAACCCCAGUGCCGUCCCGUCUGUACCCCCAAGCAGUGGCAAUGGCAAGCGCGCCCCCUCCGGAGGCCAGCCGCAGACAGCACAGCAGCCCCAGACUCUGCUCCAGCAGCGCUACCCGCCCAGAGAGGUGCCCCCACGCUUCCGCCAGCAGGAGCACAAGCAGCUGUUGAAGAGGGGCCAACCUCUACUUUCCGGGACCCUGCCUCUCACCACAACGGGACGUCCCGCCACUACUGAACCUGCAGCAGCAGUAGCCAUACACUCCUCUCCCUCCUGCUCCUCUUCCUCCACAGCCAGCCUGCCUACAGAACUGCCCCCACAAAGCGGCCAGGGAGCCCAGUAUGAUAAUCCCCUCUGGGGACACCUGCCAGCUAACAGGAGUGCCACAAGUGCUGCAUCUUCCACCAAUCUCAGUGGCUGGGAUCAAUUGAUCAUUGACCAGAAAGACACAGAGGCUUGGCCUUCUAUUACCCUCAGCCAGAGCCAGGCCCCUCCAGGAGGAUGCCCUUUGGACACUGACCCCGGUCUCCUGACCAGCAGCAGCAGCAGCAGUAGUACUAGUAGUAGUUGUAGUACAGUGAGUAUGGCCACUGGGGCCAAUAGCCAGACAGGCCACUUCUCUGCCAACCACCUUAGCAGCAAGGCCAACAGUGGGCCCAGCCCUGCCAAUCAUACUGGAACCAGCAUGCUCUCUAGCCAGGUUGCAACCAAUCGCAGCUGGGGCUCUGGGCCUGGACCCUCCCAUUGCCCCCCUCAGUCCUCAGUGGGGAGUGAAGGGAAGAGUGACAGCCCAGUGGGGGGAGGAGGCAGCAGGGGCUGGGGCUCUUCUUCAUCAUCCUCCACCACCAACUUUAACUUGAACCUAAACCCUAAUGCCAACCCUUCUGCCUGGCCCAUGUUGGGGCAUGAUGGGGGUGGCUCAGGGGGAGGCAGCUCAGGGGGAGGCAACACCAAUUCACCUCCUCAACCUACACCCAACCUCUGUAAUCCCCCUGGCCCCCCACCAGCCCAGACCAGCACCUGUACCGGAGCCAACACUAACAGCAACUCCUCUGGGAUUGGCAGCGCCUGGGGUAGCAUAAUGGCCUCUGACACAUCAGAGCCACACUCCUCCCCGUCCACGAAUGUGUCUUUCAGUUCAGAACCUCAGAACCUUAAAACUGAUGGACCAAAUCACACUAAUAAGCAGGAACCCCCCAGCCCCAUCCGCAACUUACCUGGCUGGGGUAGUGCACAUGCAGGCUUGGGUUCCAUGGGCCAGCCCCCACCAGGUGGCCCACAAGUAAAUGGAGAAGAUGGUAGCUCAGUAUGGGGUAACAGUGGUGACUCAAAGGCACCUUCAUCUAAGGAGUCACCUGGCUGGGACUCUGGCUGGGGCCGUGGAGGAGGUGGAGCAGGAAACUCUGGAGGAUGGGGUGACCAGUCAGGUGGAGGCUGGGGGAAGCAGCACACUGAAGAGGUCCAGGGAGGCUGGGAUGCCCCCAGCUCUCCUCCCCAGGAUCCGCAGGCUAGUCCUUGGAACAGAGCUGUGAGCACAGCUGGUGCCAGUGAAGGGAGCAGUGACAGCAUGGAAGGACAUCCCCGGCACAGAGAUCACUCAUCCAGUGAUAAUCCAGCUCCUCUGCUGCCUGCCCAGGAUCUGGACCCCAGGGUGUUAUGUAACACUGGCUGGGGACAGACUCCUGUUCGCCAGCACACCUCCUGGGACAUGGACGAUACUAAACGCAAGAAUGAUGUAGGCGCUGAAUCAUGGGGCUGUGGCCCAACCACUCCAAGCGAUGCCCAGGGGCCCUCCAACACUAACAUGGGCCCUGCUCAGAGGACUGACCCUGGGAGCAAAAGUGAUGUGCCUGGUUCUCAGGGAGCUUCAGGUUGGGGGGGAAGCAUAGCUGCUACCAACCAGCCUAGUUCUGGCUGGGGAGAGCCACCCAACAACAUUAAGACCCCAAGUGGCCCUGGUGGCUGGGUGAACACUCCAACAGGAGGCCCCCCCGCCACUGUACCGAAGAAUGGGGGUCAGUCCUGGGGAGAGGAGAAGUCAGCUGGGUGGGAUGAUUCUCAAGUCAAGGUAACAUCCCAGGGCUGGGGAGAUCAACCCAAAGCAUCCCACAGCUGGGGCAAUCGUGGAGGGAGCAAUAAUUCAGGAGACUGGAGAGAACCAGAAGACAGCAAAAAGAGUCCCUCCAACCCUGGGUGGGAAGGAGAAGCAGGAGGCUGGAAGGAAAACCCUCGCAGCUGGGGAAUGCCUUCUUCAGGACCUGGGAUAUCUGGAGCUGGAGGAAAUGGGGGCUGGGGAGAGCCAGUUAGCCAGCGUCCCAGUGGCCCUCCCCAAGGUUGGGGGGGCAAGCCUCAGGAAGGGCCCAGUGGUGGUAGUGAAGGAGGGGCCAUUAGCUCUUGGGGUGGCUCAGGCUCAGUGAAGCAGGGUGGAGGCUGGGGUGGCAAUAAGCAAGAGUCCCCAGUUGAGGGUGAGCCUACAGGCUGGGAAGAGCCCUCUCCACCUUCAAUCCGACGUAAGAUGGAGAUAGAUGAUGGGACCUCAGCUUGGGGUGACCCAGUUACCCAUAACAAGGCAGUCAACCUGUGGGACAGGAACAAUCCAGGAAUGUCCCAGGCUAAAAUUACUACUGGAGGCAAUAACCCCCCAGGCCCCAAGAAUAACCAUCCCCCUUCUCACAAUCACCCCUAUCACGGGCCGCCUGCACCUUUACAAAACCACACCCAAAACUCCCAAAACCCAGGGCCCACCAGUGGGCCCAUGGAUCCUGUUGUCCAACACCAGUCUGUGCCAUCUCACAACCGGGGUCCCCUGAUAGCUCAAGGUUGGGGAGAGCGACCCACCUCCCACACAAAAUCAGAGAGUACUUGGGGGGAGCCUGCACCCCCUCCAGUCAGAGUGGACAAUGGGACCUCUGCCUGGGGAAAACCUACCGGGGGCUGGUCAGACAGCAACCCAGACAGCUAUGGCAGGGGCAACCCAGCGAUGACAUCUGCCUCUUGCAAACCUGCCCCCAAACCUAUGCAAGACGGAUGGGGAGGUGGAGGUGAAGAGCUGAACUUGUCGGGGGGUCAGUGGGAUGCUGAGGAGGGAGACAUGUGGAACAGCGCUGCCUCCCAGGAGAGCAACUCCUCCUGUAACUCUUGGGGCAAUGCAUCUAAAAAGAUCCCACAAAAGGGAAAGGUCCCAGGGAAGCAAGAAGAUGCUUGGAUCAUGAAUCGGCUCAUCAAACAGCUGACAGACAUGGGCUUCCCGAGGGAUCCAGCUGAGGAGGCUCUGAAGAGCAACAACAUGAACCUGGACCAGGCCAUGAGUGCCCUGCUGGAGAAGAAGACGGAGCUGGACAAGCGGGGGAUGGGGAUAGCCGGCCACGACUACAACAAUGGGCUCAUCAACAAGCCCAUGAACUGCCCUCGGCCUCCACUUCUUUCCAAAGAACCCUCAGCAGACCCCCGCUUGCCCUUCAUGGAUAAGCAGAUGCAGAGUGGAAUGUUUGGUGGUGGUGGAGCAGCACAAGCCCGGGCCAUGCAGCAGCCGCAGCCGCCUCCUCAGCCGCCAGUGCCGCCUCUCAGUUCCUCUCAGCCUAGUCUACGUGCUCAAGUGCCUCAGUUUCUCUCCCCUCAGGUUCAAGCACAGCUCUUACAGUUUGCAGCAAAAAACAUUGGUCUGAAUCCUGCACUUUUAACCUCACCAAUAAACCCUCAACAUAUGACCCUUCUGAAUCAACUUUACCAGCUGCAACUGGCAUACCAGCGUUUACAAAUUCAGCAGCAGAUGUUGCAGGCACAGCGCAACGUUUCUGGUCCCAUUCGACAGCAAGAGCAGCAAGUUGCACGUACAAUCAAUAACAUGCAGCAGCAGAUCCAACAGCACCAGCGUCAGCUGGCCCAGGCACUGCUGAUGAAGCAGCAGCAACAGCAGCCAUCCCACUCCCACUCGGGCAUGCAUCCUGGUGGGGCCAAAUCCACCCUGGAUUCAUUUCCUGGUCACCCCCAGGCUCCAGGCCUCCCCGACCUGCAGACCAAAGAGCCGCAGUCAUCUCCCAACACCUAUAGCCCCUACUCUCUCUCUGGACUGAAUCCAAACAUGAAUGUAAACUGCAUGGAGGUGGGUAGUCUGUCUAUGAAGGAACCACCCCAGCCGCAAUCACGCCUGUCGCAGUGGACGCAUCCCAACUCCAUCGAAAGCCUCUCUGGAAGCACCUCUCCUCUGGAGCCCAACCUGGGCAAGCAUGGUGGCAACCUGGGACCCCCUGGUAAGCCCCAUCAGCUGGACGAUUCUUACAGCCCCUACAACCUGAUGUCCAGCUCAGAGUCUCCUACCAGCCCCCUGGUCCCCCCAGACAGCUGGGGGCAGGGCAAGAGUAACAGUGACAAGAUGGCAAAUGGGACCAAUAUAAACUGGCCACCAGAAUUCUGCCCCGGUGUUCCCUGGAAGGGCCUUCAGAAUAUCGAUCCUGAGACAGACCCAAACGUGACCCCCGGCAGUGUCCCCAGCGGGCCCACCAUCAACACCAACAUCCAAGAUGUCAACCGUUACCUGCUGCGGGACAGGAGUGGAGGUAAACUGUCAGAGAUGAAGUCUACUUGGUCUCCAGGCCCCAUUUCUCACAGCCAGGCUUCUCUGUCCCAUGAGCUGUGGAAGGUCCCCCAGGGCCCCCGGGGUAGCAACACGGCCCCUUCCCGCCCCCCGCCUGGCCUCACCAACACCAAGCCUUCCUCAACCUGGGGGGGCAACUCCCUGGGUCUGGCCCAAGGCUGGAGCAGCUCUUACACCACAGCAGGUACCACGUGGAGUACGGACAGCUCCUCCAGGACCAGCAGCUGGCUGGUUCUGAGGAACCUCACUCCACAGAUUGAUGGUUCGACUCUGCGUACGCUGUGCAUGCAGCACGGCCCCCUCAUCACAUUCCACCUCAACCUGACACAAGGCAACGCUGUGGUGCGCUACAGCUCCAAGGAUGAAGCUGCCAAGGCUCAGAAGUCCCUGCACAUGUGCGUGCUCGGGAACACCACCAUCCUGGCAGAGUUUGCUGGGGAGGAGGAAGUGAACCGCUUCUUUGCACAGGGCCAGUUGCUUGGUGGAACAACCAGCUGGCAGGCCACUCCAGGCACCAAUCAGACAAGGAUGGGUGGGGCCGGGUCCGGAGCCUCCCAUCCCAUCGGACACUCGCCCCACUGGAACAACAACAACAACAGCGGCAGCAGCAGCAAUAGCAGUGGCCUGGGAACAGGCGGAGCAAAGACGGGCGGAGAGUUGCUGUGGGGUGGCGUGCAGCAGUAUUCCAGCCUGUGGGGACCCCCGAGUGGAGAAGAGGGACGGGUCAUGGGGAGUCCCACCCAAAUAAAUACGCUGCUGCCUGGGGACCUGCUGAGUGGGGAGUCCAUGUAGGACAGAAGAGCCCAGGCAUAACGAACACCAACAGGAGCAAAAACAUUGCAAAUCAUUGUGGAGAUAAUCAGUGUGGGUGUAAUGGUGGAAGAAGAGACGAGAGGAGGGCGAGGCUACAUCCUCGCUGCUCACCCUCGCCAACCUCCUCGACUCCUUUUCAUUUUUAAUGACAUUUCAAUUGCAGUUCUUUUGUGAAUCUCACUGAGAGAUUUUGGUCACAGUGUUCAGCUCUUACUUUUGGAGACAAAGGAAGAAGUCUUUCAUUCGACAAGAAAGAGAACUUUUUACAGGAAUGACCUUUUGAGAACUCGUCCGUGUGAAACAUGUACUUUAGUCAAACUGACACACAGUGACGAGCUGCCAUCUUUAAACUUGCGUAAUCCCUCUCGGCCUUUUGAGGCAAUCAUACUGCACCUCAGAGAUCCAUCAAAAGGCAUCAUUCCCAAAGUUAAAACCCUUCAAUCAGAGUGGUUGUCGAACUUUCAGCUGGUCCAGACUCAACUUUUGUUUCUCUCAGCACUAAUAUUAGCCUUAACCUCUUUCCUGCCCUGCUAUCCUCACUCACUCUGUACUUGGUGAAGAAGCAUACGGACACUUGCACACCCUUAUUUCUGAGCCAGUGAAACCUGAGUGGAGAGUACAUGCUGCUGCUGCUGCUUAACAUAAGCAACUACAGCUCACAACUUCAGUGCAUUUUUUUGCAAGCAGAUUGAGUUCCCCACAGAACGCUCAAAAGGAAUGAUGCAACUCUGUUCGACCCGUGUUCAAGCCAUUUCUAUUUGUAGUGGGGGGUUUUUAUUUUUCCUCUUAAACCAUUGCAAACAAAGCUAAGAACUGAUAUUAUUCAAAUGUGUCUGUCAAGCUUACCCAGAGGGGGGAAGAGAAAGUUUUUGGGGGUCAUCACAUGUACAGUUAUAGACCUGAUGGAUUACUAAAUGAACCACUGCUAUUACUAUGGAGCUGUAAAGACAAAUACUUCAAUGCACCUCAACUCAUCUGCGGGCAACUCGCAGUUUGGUCUCAGUCUCGGACCCGCUCACUGAUGUUGUGGAAAACCUCAAGUCGUAAAUGUUUCCCACCGGCGUCUAGUCAAUGACCCCACUCCACCCGCAAAAACACCAUUUCAAGUGACGUGCAAUAUAAGCCACAGACUUUACCGUCCAAGCACCCUCCCAUCAUGACGAGAGGAGACUUUAAGGAAGGAUUGAACUGCAAAAGCUCUAUCUGCCCUGUAACCCCACCCCCACCUCACCUACAACUGCCACUACUACCCUUCACCCCCACCCUCCCCCACACACACCCCCCCACACACCCCAAGAGUGUGUGAGCUCAGGAGAGUGGCGAGCUGGUGUUCAACCUUCUGUCCAAGAUACUAGGACGUACACGCAAAGCACUUCUUCAGCCAGCCUACUCUCCACACUUAUGCCAGUGACUAGUUUUUUGGGGGGGGGGAUAGUUUGUGUGUGUUUGUUUCUGUGUAUGUGUGUGUGCUUGGGGAGAAGGCAUCAAACCAAAGUGAGAGAAGCCUAUUUUCCUUUUUACCCAGAUGACCCUUUUUUUGCCCAUAUUUGCGUAUGUAGAAAAGUAUGAAGCAUUUGCAACAUUUGUGAAUAGGUGGUCUAUCAUAGCACUUAGCAAGAGCGUCGCUGCUCGUUAUACCCUUAAUGCCAACAACUAGAAGAAAGGAGAAGCAACACUGGCAAAUAAAAAAAAAAAAUAAAAAAAAAAAAACAAAGACAAAAAAGCAAUCUGCUUAGUGGCUUCUCUAUACAUUUAUUUUUUAACUUAACAUGGAUGUGAAGAUGCUUUUUUUGUUGUUUUUUUUGUUUUUUUUUUCAAUCUUCCUUCCCUCAAGUCGGUGAGACCAGGAAGGAUGUCAAACAUGGUAGCAAAGUGAAGGGAAAUACAAAGAAAGAACUAACUCAACUGAUGAUGGGUGCAGGAGGGAAAUACCCCAAAGCACUCAUCUUUAUCAAAGUAAAUAUCACUGUUACAUUACAUACUUCGAAAUCUUUAGCCUUGGUGUCUGGAAACGCUCGACAUGUUUAUGUUCUACUGGGUCCAGCAGGGAGGAUCGCCAUCUUUCUUGUCCUUAUGUUUUUAUUUUUUUUCUUCUUGGCCCUGCCAACCUGUGUGAUAGUGUGGCCACUGAGUGCCUGCCUGCUGCAGAGUGCAGUGCUCUGCAGCAGCCCUCACCCCACCCUCCCGCUCGCUCGCUGCCUCCCUGCGGAUCCCUACAGACUGGCAUCCCUCUUCCUCCUCCUUCCCCUCCCCCGGCCUCCAGGCCAAGAGCAGCUCUUUCAGAACUGGCCCACCUGUAUUAAAUUUACUACUACUGCUGCGCCAGAGUCUGUCCUCAGCAACCUCCGACUCCACACUCUCUCUGUCUCUCUCCUGCAAAGAUCACUUUAGCCAGAGAUGGAGGCAUGUGAUGUGUUUUUUUUGUUUUUUGUUUUUUUUUCUUUGUUUCACUUAUGGAUUUGCCAGUGUGCAUUUUUGUUGUAUUGUUGUCAUAAAGUUUGCUGAUAUUGUUGCUGUUAUCAUUGAUGAUAUAGAUAAUGAUUGUUUCCUGAUGGUGAUUUCACAGCUUUUUUAAAUAUUGGUCUUUAUGCAGUGUUCAGCUUCUCUCCUGCCCCUCCCACUGCCUCCGAGGCAGAAGCAGCGUGUAGUUUAGAGGUACGCCUCAGCCGUGCAGCAAAGGCCAUAUGAAACACUGCAGAUGUCAGUAGAAAAGGCUGGUGGGGGAUAUCUUUACGUGGGGUUGUUGGAAAGAGUCAAGUCAAGUGGGUAAAGGUAGUGUAGUCAAAGGUUCUCCAGGAUAGUGAGCCAACUGACUCUGUUCAUCCGGGAGUGCCCAACCUCUGCUCUUUGUCGUCUCAUAACACACACACACGCUUUAGUGUUGAUGGGCUUCACUCACGCUGGUGCUUUAUGUUUAACUCUGGGAGCACUCAGUUACACUUAGAACCACCUCAACUGAUGACAGCCUUCCAUUUCUAUGCAAAGACAAGGAGGUGUUUGUUCACAGCCACCCCCCCCCCUCCCCCUACAUCUGCCAAUCUUCACUUAUCGCUCAACCUUUACUUCCCGGCAGCUUCCCUUGAAAACCUCCCCAGUUAAAAUAUAAGUGGCACCGAAAGAGCCUCUCUUCAAGGGUUAAGUCUCUCACUGUGUGGACAGAGCUACUAGAUAACACUAAAUGACCUGCUGGAGGCACUAGUGGUUGGCCGUCUCUUCUUCAGUCUUGUGCCAACUGAUCUAAUAUUAUCUACUUCCACCUUGUCAUAUCCUAAUUCAUCUUUAAUGUGAUGAGACUUAAGUUUCUUAUAUUGCUGCAGGGGCGUACACCACAAGCUCCAGCUGUAGGAGGCUUGAGGAGUAGAAGGGAAGGACGGACGAAUUGUGCUGUUUUUGGGGGGGUUUUUUACCAACAAGGGACUGGAAAUUUAGUAGAGAACCAGGCUGCAGGAGAGGGGUGUGGGUGUGUGUGUGUGUGUGGGGGGGGGGCGUUGUUGGUCCCAUGUGUCUGUGCACUGUUUAUGGGUCACAUCGGGUACAUCUCUUUAAAAACCAAAAACAUCUUUUUCUUUAUCAUCAAGGUUUUUCGCAAAAACUAGAAACUACAAAAAAAAAUGUCAGUUUCAGCUGUGCACUCCAAGGCUGAGAUACCUGUGUUCUGUUUCUCUGCAAGCUGCCGCCUUCUCACCCCGUCUGGGCUCAUUCUCUGGGCCACAUGUGGGGAAGCUGUAUCCAGGUGGUUCAUUUUGGACCUCCAACCUGAAGGUCGACAGGUCAUUUCUGCACAUCUGGCUUUGGGGGCAGGGUCCAAGCAGGGACCCUGUGUAUCAGCAGAAAUAGGGACACACCUCAAGUUUGGUACCAAGUCUUAAAACUUUCGGGAUUUGCCCUCUUCCAGAGUCGCUUUAGACUCACGUCAUUCAACAAAACAAUCACUAUUGCCUGUGUUGUCUGUCUGUGCGUUUGUUUGUUCCUGAAAAUCUGUAUUUACUCCACACUGGACUUGAAUCAAAGAACUGGCGUUGAAGCGGAGAGUCGAACAGGGUGGGCGGAUGGGUGACUGGGACGGAGGUCGAGUCUCAGAUGUGCCCCGGAUUUUUUGGCGCAGCACCAGCACUGAGAGCCCCGGCCCCUCCCACACCCCUCCCCUGCACUCUUAUCUACCUGUCUAGUGUUGGAAAUCAGAUGCUCUCCUAUUUUUUAAAGUCACAGGGACUCAAAGGCAACUGGAUCUUGAGCAAAAAAAUGCUUCUCAAUCAUGGAUCAGACAAGGGUGUGGGGCAGGGGCCCCAAAAAGAGUUGAAUUAGCAAAUCUCUCUUUAAAAAAACAACAACAAAGGCCUGGGUUGAAUAUGCACAUGCUAGUCCAUAUACAUAAUACAACCAAGAGUACAUAAUGGAUGUAUGUGUGUAAAUGGCUAGAGCUCUCUGUUUUCCACUUAGCCUAAGCCCCCUCCCCUGCCCUGGCUUCAGCCCUUACCCUGUGUAUCCUCCUCAACAUUAUAUUUCCCAGAAGACAAGAUCAUAAACAUAUCAGAGUAAUACAAAAUAAUGAAAACAAAUACUUGAAUCAAAAGAAGCGCCAAUAAUGUAAUGUGAACACUUUUUUGUAGUGGUUUUUUGUCUCAUUCACUUCAGAGAUUUUUGAUAGCAUCGGUUCAGAGUGAAUUAAAUUUGAAAUACGAGUGUUGUUGAAAACAGAGCGAUAUAAAGGCAAAUUUACAUCUGUUGUAUUUGAGUGUUUGCACAAGGCUGCUUGUACUGUAUGUUGUUUGAAUGAAUAGUGUGUGAGGUGAAGAAACGUGUGAGAGCUCGUGAUUACAGCGGAGGAAUUUCCGCCUUGUGAUUCUUUUCAAGUCAGUAUACUUUUGUUGUUGAUUUGUUUGUUUUUUUUGUUUUUUCUUUUUGCUUGUCAAAAAUAUAUUCUGAUGUUAAUGGUUACUAGCCUCUAGCGUUGCACUGAGUGUCGGCCUCACCCCUCAUCCAGCUAAACGAACAACAUGAUACAAGUACUGAGGGGAGACGGGGACAGUUCAUGUGUAAAUGUUUACUCAAGGACUAAAAUAAGUGUGUUUUUAAAAUGUAAUGUUUAUCUACCUUAGUGGCUUUCAUUGUGGAAUAAUCCAAGAAAGUAUGGAUCAUAAUUGAGUAUUGCACCAUUUUUCAGACUGUAAACCUAAAAAAAACAAACAAGAAAACAGAAAAAAAAAAUCACAUAUGUAUAAAAAUGCAGCAAAAAAAAAGUAUUUUGCAGACCUGUGGCCAUAGAUUGGGGUAGAAGGACUUCAGCUCUCCCAAAUCUGAGCAAUGGAGAGAGUGAAGGACAAGACAUCAGACUGAGCCUUGGCUUCUAGGGCUCACUUCAGAGGUGCCUACCUUUUUGGUUUGUUAGCUUUUGUUCUGUUUUUCACUUAUGUUCAAAUCACUCAUGUUGUCAUUUGUUUUCCUGCAAGGCCACUGACAGUUUACAAACACUUAGUUUUUUUCUGGAGUUCAGAAAAAAAAAUCAGCAACACAAAAGAAUUGAACCAUGGGAAUGUUGGAAAAAGAGAAAAAAAAAAAGGACAAAUGCUUCCAUUAAAAAAAAAAAACAAAACAAAAAAAACACUUCACCGAAUGAAGAUUUAUUGUGCUACUUUCAGAGCUCUGGGAUUGAACAGUGUUGUCUUGUUCUGUUUAACCAUCUUUGUUCUGUGUUAAUGUUGAUUUCAUGGAUUAUCUGAAGCCUGUAUGUUUUAUGUUGAUUAUAUAUAUUUUCCUUUAUAUAAAAAAAGAAAAGAAAAAAAGAAAGACAUAAUUGCUCACUAUCUUGCACACACACAAAAAGUGGAUCUUGUCUCAGGAAGGCCAGGGUUCCAGAGUACCAACUCCACGCCAUUUUAAUGUACAUUUUUAUGAUGAGUAAAAAAAAAAAAGAAAAAUGGAUGAUUUAAAAGAAACAAUUCUAAGCACUGAAAGUUAUGGAUUUCAGAAGAAGAGAAAAUACCUUUUGUUUCUAAAUCCGUAGCAGUUACAUAAUAACCAAAUAAUGGACUUUAAAUGAAAAUGGAGUGCUUUAUAUAUAAAUCUAUAUAUUAAAAUUGCUUUACAUUUAAAAACAAAAAAAAACGGUCAAUGGUUUUGAUUGUUUAAAAAAAAAAAAAGAAAGAAAGACCGUGAAUAACAUGCAAAAUGCUGUAUGUUUGAAUCUUUAUUGUGUUUUCUUAAUGAGGUCCCGUCCUGACUGAAUCAGGAACAUUGUGCAUUACUCUUUCUUUCCUCUUUCUCUCUCUCUCAUUCUCCCACAGCGGAUAUUAUCAAUAGAUACAUCAGACUUUUGUGGAACAUUUUUUCACAUUUUUGGAGGAUGUUUGUAAAACAUGAGCUGGUUGUAAAGGAUCAUGAAACUAUGCACAAGUGUUUUUGGGGGUGGGGGUUGGGGUGGAAGAUGGGGGGGAUUAUAUGGCCUACUUCUAAGUGGCUGAUCUAUUGCAGGGGUUUUUGGGAUCCAAUGUGUUUUUAUUUGUCUUUGAUUUUAUUUUUUGAAGGGGGCGGAGAGGUGACUCAUGUUCGAGCCUCCCGCCUCCAGCUUCCUUCCCCUGAUUCAGAUUGACCUAGCGCUACAUCGCCAUGCUGUGUAUUCCUAAAACCAAUGAGCGUCUCACUCUUUAGCACUGUGGGAUUCUAGCCUGUCACCCUCAAGGGUUUUUUUUUCUCAGUUAAGGUUUUCUUGGAGGGUGGGGUGGGGGGGUAUGGGAUUAGGGCUGCUCUUUUUUGGGCCUUUUUUUGUUUUGUUUUUGAAAUAUUAAGUAAAAAUGUCUGUACUGAGAUUUAAUGAAAAGUCAGUGGCUUGUAAUGUUUUAUUUUUCUCUCUGUAUAGCUCUUUCUCCUCAUAGAAUGUGAUUGCUAAAUGACAUGCACCGAAACAAAUGUUUUCAUGAACUAUGGAGCUUCUUUCAAAUAUUAAUAAAAUAGCCUUUUUUUUCUUGGCUGUUAAAAAUGCA